UCAUGACGAUUCCGACGGUUUCGUACAAGCAAUUUGGUGACGACAUUGCUCGUCCGGUGGUAGCCCCGGUAGGCACAAAACGAUGGAUCGUCCUGUACAUAAUGGUCACGGCGGUGCUGCUAACCUCGCUCGCAUGCUGGAAUAACCUGUCCGGAGGAGCGUUGGUAGAAAUAUUCAACAAUGAGGACCCAGAUGUACCACCGUCGCACACGGAGUACGCCAAAAUGGCACGAUAUCUGGUGCAUAAAGCCGAAUGGGUUUCGAUGGGUUCCCUUUCGACAGUGGACGCCAUCAAGGGUUUCCCAAUGGUAAACAUAAUUUCGGUUGCGGACAGUGCACGUGGCGAAAAGUCUACCGGUGUGCUGUACUUCUUUCUGACCAUGCUGGACUACACGGCGCAGGAUCUGCACAAAGACAACCGGCUCACGGUCAUGUUGACGCUCGACCAGGACAAAUAUUGUACGAACAACGGUAUCGAUCCAAUGGAACCAACCUGUGCCCGUAUCAUGAUUUCGGGCCGUGCGGACAAACUCGAGAACGGUACAGCUGAGUACGAUUUCGGUACGAAGGCCAUGUUCAGCCGUCAUCCGGCAGCACAAAAAUGGAUUAAAACCGAUGGACACAACUUUUUCCUCUGCAAGCUGAACAUUACACAAAUCGCUGUACUUGACUUUUACGGUGGUCCACACUACGUUACGGUGGAAGAUUACAUGGCCGCAGAUCCUGAUAAGCAGCUUACCGUUGCUGCAACUGAUGGCAACGAACGCACGAUUCCGCCCCGUUUUUCAACAACCACCACGGUCUACUGAGAACAUUUCGUGAUAGCGAAAGGUGUUGCU